ACAUUGGUCUUUUAGCCGGGCUCCUCUUAGGACAUACAUUCGACAUUGCUGGUUGACAUUCUUCUCUUCUCUCCAAACUUUACCUUUCUGCUAUUGGCUUCACCUUCCUUCCUCAAAAUCAAAUGCAGUUUUUUCCCCUUCGUCUCAUGAUUUUUGCGACAAAUUAAGGGUUAAUUAACUCUGGGAAAUUGCAUUUGAUGAAUCCUUUCAAGUACGGUCAAAAGUGAUUAAAACACUAUAAUAUGGACAAGCAGAAGGAUGUUAAUGCGACAGACAUCUGCUCCUGUAGUUGCUCUCAAUCUCAGAUCAAAAGGCAACUGAAUGUUGCUAGUACAGUCUGCCUCACUGAAGACAUAAUCUUUUUUAAUAUCUUGACUAGGCUUCCUGCUACAUUCCUCUUUUCAAGUGCAAGGUUAGUUUGUAAGGCUUGGGCUGCUAUAAUCUGUAAAACUCAAUUUGUUGAUGCACACCUUCGUCAUGCAAAAUCUGGUGUUUUCCUCCAGAGCACAAGACCAACAUAUGGUGCUCGCUUCCUAGAGUUUAAAGACAAUGGAGCGUAUCAAGUUACCCGCUUAAGUUCUAAAUAUCCAGGGCGGAUUUUGAAUAGUUGUGAUGGCUUAUCACUAUUUUUACAAUAUUCUACAGGAGCUCUUCAUGUUUCGAACCCUGUUACCAAUCAGGAGGAAAGAGUUCCGUAUCUACUAGGGGGAGAUAACCCGAUGUACCCUCCAUGUGCUAUUGCCCGUGUUCCACGUGGAGAGUUCAAGUUGUUUGCAGCUAAUGUAGAGAAGCAAGCUGGAGUUUCUGUUUGCCAUUGGUAUGUUUUAAGACUUGGAAUAGAUAAUUCAUGGAGAAAAAUUGGUACAGAAUCCGGCGACUUUGAUUUUAAAUGCAUUCCAAUUUACACCGGAGGUUAUGAUCUCUACUGGGUAACCGAGCGCAGAGUGAUUGUGAUGGAUGUUGCCAAGGAAACAUUUAAGACUUUUCAGCUUCCCCAAGAGCUACAAUGGCACCCGCAUUACCUAAAGAUGGGGGAUCAUCUCUCUUCCAUUAUCUUUGUAGAACAAGGAUUUCAAGUAUACACAUUUGAGCCAAAGUCAGGAAAAUGGACUUUGUAUCAUCAGAUAGGGCAUCUCAAUUAUCCCAACGGCCAUGAAGUUCUGUCUGAGUUCUUCUGUGUUUGGGUAAACCAAGAAGUAAUUAUUAAAUCAACUCUUGCACCUUCUUUGAGGACAUUGAUUUUUGGUUACAAUGUGAAGACAAGAAAUCUGAGGAUGCUAGAUGCCAUAGAGGUGGGUGCGUAUGACUUGGCGCAUCAUUCCAAUAGUUUGGUUACAUGGAAAACUGCUUUGCCAUAGCCGAGAGCAGAAAUUCUAUGUUGUCCCAUGAUAUCUGCUUUCUCUGUUUUGUUUCAAUAACAUAGUUGUCUGCUAUAUGGAAUGUUAUAUAUGCGACAUUAACUGUCUAUAUAUAGUUUGGUGUUUUUCUUGUGCA